AUGAAAUCCUUAUUUCUUCAACUCGGCCUGGGGGUCGUGAGCACCCUAGCCUCACCCCUUGAGUUCUACAUGCCCGCCGAAAACCAACUCCACGAGCGUACAAUUAUGGCCUGGCCAAGAAUCGCCAACCCAAGCUAUACGGGACACAGCGGUAGCCUUUCACGCAUGAAAGAUGAGCUAACAUCCAUCGCCAACGCCAUCUCGAACUUCGAACCAGUCACUCUCCUAGUCAGUUCCGAACAAGCGACCGACGCCCGAAAAAGAGCUCAAAGCUCCGGCCAAUAUGGCGUGAAAGUGAAGGUCACGGAAGAAGAUGAUCUUGAGCCGUGGAUGCGUGACGUCGCGCCCCUCUUCGUGUUUAGCGAGGAAUCACAAUCCGAUCGGUUCGGUCUCGAUUUCAACUUCAAUGGUUGGGGAAGACAGUUUCCAUCCGAUAAUUUCAACUUUGCUCGAAAAUUUCUCGCUGAUGAGCGCAUUCCUCUUUUGAAGACCUCUAUUACAGCUGAUGGUGGUGCGCUGGAAGUCGAUGGCAAUGGAACAUUAAUAGCUGCCCGUACACCGAUUCUGGAUUCAAAUCGCAACCGUGGGAUGGGUCAGAAAGUUAUCGAGGAGGAGUUACAACGGGUCUUGGGCGUGUCCAAAGUGAUUUGGAUUCCUGGAGUAGAGAGUUCCGAUGUAUCCGAUGAUCACAUCGAUGGCUUGGCUCGUUUCGUUGCUCCGGGAAAGGUCGUCCUAAGUCGUCCCAACCCCUGCACUGGUGUCUGGGCCAAGGCUUAUUAUGAAGCCAAGCGUGUUUUAUCUCAUGCUGUUGAUGCGGAAGGAAGGAGUUUCGAGCUCAUUGACUUACCCGAGGCCCCUACAGAUAAUACAGACAUGGUAACAAGCUAUGUCAACUUUCAUCUGGUGAAUGGGGCAGUUAUAUCUCCAGCAUUCGGCAUCCCUGAAUCUGAUGAAGCUGCUAAGGAUAUUCUUCAAAAUCUGUUUCCCAACCGAAAGGUAGUCCAGGUUUAUAUCCCCGAGAUUGCCCUAAGCGGUGGUGGUAUUCAUUGCAUGACCCAGCAGAUUCCUGCAGUUGGUAAGGAAAAUAAGCCAGCGUGCCUAAACGCUGACUGUCGAUGA